AUGACAGCUGUUGAACGGGUACUCGAGUAUUGUACUCUCGAACAAGAGCCGUCCGCAGAAGUACCAGCUGAUCGACGUCCGCCGCCAAAUUGGCCAUCAAAUGGUUGCAUUGUGUUUAACGAUGUUUCGAUGCGCCAUACGUCUGAUGCACAGACAUCGCUCACUUUAAGUCAUAUCUCAUUCACGAUUGACGCUGCUGAAAAAGUUGGUAUCGUUGGAAGGACAGGUGCUGGAAAAAGUUCCCUCAUUCAAACACUCUUUCGCUUGCAUACACUGCUUGAUGGUGAAAUUAAAAUUGAUGAUAUUGACAUUGCAACCGUUGGCUUGAACGAUUUGCGAAGUCACAUUUCGAUUAUUCCACAAAAUCCUUGUCUUUUCACGGGUACUAUGCGAAGUAAUCUCGAUCAAUUCGACGAAUACACAGAUGCUGAAAUAUGGGAUGCACUCGAUCAGGUACAACUCAAAAAUCUAGUAGCUGAAAAUUUACCCAAUGGACUUGAGUCAACAAUGAGUGAGGGUGGAUCUAAUUUGAGCGUUGGUCAAAAGCAAAUGGUAUGCUUGGCACGAGCAAUACUUCGAAAGAACAAAAUACUUGUUGUCGACGAGGCUACUGCCAAUGUUGAUAUCGCGUGA